UGAGUUUUGGCCGUGAGCGUGUUCAGGUGCGCGUUGUCCGAUUUCUGUUGCCGCUGUGCUUGUCCGCGUCGCCGUCGUCGUCAUUAGCGUCGUGUUUUUACGUGUGUGUGCGUCUGCGUCUGAGUAAUGACGUGAGGAAAGUUCAUAAUACAAAAAUCCACAAUUAAGUUGUAGUUGUAAAAAACAAACAAGUUACAACAAAUAAAAAACAAUGCAUUUGCACAAAACAAAAACUACGCUUUCAACGAAAAUGUCGAAAAUUAAAAGAAAUUAGUAAAAGUGCAUUUGUUAAAAAGCAAACGCAAAAGAUAAAAAUCAAUAAGCAAAAUAAUAAUAAUAAUAAAAACAACUGCAAAAUCAACGUUCCGAUAGCAACAUACAACAGCAGCAACAGCAACAAAACGGCCACAAUAUGUUGUACACGCUAAGCAAAGCAACAACAAGAAUCCGACUCAAAAGGCAGCGGCAACAUUGCCAGCAACAGCCAAAAACAACAACAACAGGAGCAGCUCAGCAACAUUGUUGGCUUUGGUGCCUCACAUUUUUGGCUGCAUUUUGCGCGCAGCACGCGCAUGGCGCCGACCUGGCCAUAAGCAUACCUAAUAAUCCGGGCCUGGACGAUGGCGCCUCGUAUCGUCUGGACUAUAGUCCGCCCUUUGGCUAUCCGGAGCCAAACACAACAAUCGCCUCGCGGGACAUUGGCGACGAGAUUCAGUUCUCGCGCGCCCUGCCCGGCACCAAAUACAAUUUCUGGCUCUACUACACAAACUUUACGCAUCACGAUUGGCUCACCUGGACGGUGACCAUAACGACAGCGCCCGAUCCGCCUUCCAACUUGUCCGUGCAGGUGCGCAGCGGCAAAAACGCCAUCAUACUUUGGUCACCGCCCACCCAGGGCAGCUAUACGGCAUUCAAGAUAAAGGUGCUGGGCCUAUCGGAGGCAUCGAGCAGCUAUAACCGCACCUUCCAGGUCAACGACAAUACAUUCCAGCACAGUGUCAAGGAGCUGACGCCCGGCGCCACAUACCAGGUCCAGGCCUACACCAUAUACGAUGGCAAGGAGUCUGUGGCCUAUACGAGUCGCAAUUUCACGACAAGUCGAAGGACGCGACAUAAAGAAUUGCUGGACAUAAAAAUCUUGAGAGAGCCGAAUACGCCGGGUAAAUUCAUUGUGUGGUUUCGGAAUGAGACAACGCUGUUGGUGCUGUGGCAGCCGCCGUAUCCGGCGGGUAUAUACACCCACUACAAGGUGUCGAUAGAGCCGCCCGAUGCCAAUGACAGUGUGCUGUAUGUGGAGAAGGAGGGCGAGCCGCCGGGUCCGGCGCAGGCGGCCUUCAAGGGACUCGUGCCGGGACGUGCCUACAAUAUAUCCGUGCAGACGAUGUCCGAGGAUGAGAUAUCGCUGCCGACGACCGCACAAUAUCGUACGGUGCCGUUGCGUCCUUUAAACGUGACCUUCGACAAGGACUUUAUAACAUCGAACUCGUUCCGGGUGCUCUGGGAGGCGCCCAAGGGCGUCUCCGAGUUCGACAAGUAUCAGGUCUCGGUGGCGACCACCCGACGUCAGUCGACAGUCGCCCGCAGCAACGAACCGAUCGCCUACUUUGAUUUCCGCGACAUCGCCGAGCCGGGCAAGACCUUCAAUGUGAUUGUGAAGACCGUAUCCGGCAAGGUUACCUCAUGGCCCGCCACGGGCGAUGUCACCCUGCGUCCAUUGCCCGUUCGCAAUUUGCGCAGCUUCAAUGAUGACAAGACCAACACGAUGAUCAUAACCUGGGAGGCGGAUGCGGCCAGCACACAGGACGAGUAUCGCAUUGUCUACCACGAGCUGGAGACAUUCAAUGGCGACACGAGCACCCUGACCACGGACCGGACACGUUUCACCCUGGAGAGCCUUUUGCCGGGCCGCAACUAUUCGCUCUCUGUGCAGGCGGUGUCCAAGAAAAUGGAAUCGAACGAGACGAGCAUCUUUGUGGUGACGCGACCAUCGUCGCCCAUCAUUGAGGAUCUGAAGAGCAUACGCAUGGGCCUGAACAUCAGCUGGAAGAGCGAUGUCAAUUCCAAGCAGGAGCAGUAUGAGGUCCUCUACUCGCGCAACGGCACCAGCGAGGUGCGCACUUUAAUCACCAAGGAGUCCCGUUUGGUCAUCAAGAACCUACAGCCGGGCGCCGGCUACGAGCUCAAGGUCUUUGCCGUCAGUCACGAGCUGCGCAGCGAGCCGCACGCCUACUUCCAGGCGGUCUUUCCCAAUCCGCCGCGCAACAUGACCAUCGAAACGGUGCGCAGCAAUUCGGUGCUGGUCCAUUGGUCGCCGCCGGAAAGCGGCGAAUUUACGGAAUAUUCCAUACGCUAUCGCACGGACAGCGAACAGCAGUGGGUGCGCCUGCCCAGCGUCCGAUCCACGGAGGCCGACAUCACCGACAUGACCAAGGGCGAGAAGUACACCAUACAGGUCAACACGGUUAGCUUCGGCGUCGAGAGUCCCAAUCCGCAGGAGGUGAACACAACCGUGCCACCGAACCCGGUCUCCAACAUCAUACAGCUAGUCGAUUCGCGGAAUAUAACGCUGGAGUGGCCCAAGCCGGAGGGUCGUGUCGAAUCCUAUAUCCUAAAAUGGUGGCCCAGCGACAAUCCCACGCGCGUGCAAACCAAAAACGUCUCGGAGAACAAGUCAGCUGAUGAUUUAUCUACAGUCCGGGUUCUGAUUGGAGACCUGAUGCCGGGUGUACAGUACAAAUUCGAUAUACAGACGACCUCGUAUGGCAUACUGUCGGGCAUAACGAGCCUCUAUCCGCGCACCAUGCCGCUCAUCCAGUCCGACGUGGUGGUGGCCAACGGCGAGAAGGAGGACGAACGGGACACUAUAACGCUGAGCUAUACACCGACGCCGCAGUCAUCGUCCAAGUUCGAUAUCUAUCGCUUCUCGCUGGGCGAUGCGGAGAUCAAGGAGCAGGAGAAGCUGGCCAACGAUACGGACCGCAAGGUGACCUUCACCGGCCUGAUACCGGGUCGCCUCUACAACAUAACCGUGUGGACGGUGAGCGGGGGCGUCGCCAGCUUGCCCAUCCAGCGACAGGAUCGCCUCUAUCCAGAGCCCAUCACCCAGCUGCACGCAACAAAUAUCACGGACACGGAAAUAUCGCUGCGCUGGGAUCUGCCCAAGGGCGAGUACAAUGACUUCGAUAUCGCCUACCUUACGGCCGACAAUCUGCUCGCCCAGAACAUGACCACACGCAACGAGAUCACGAUCAGCGACCUGCGUCCGCAUCGCAAUUACACAUUUACCGUGGUCGUACGCUCCGGCACGGAGUCCUCGGUGCUGCGCAGCAGUGCCCCGCUCUCGGCCAGCUUUACCACCAACGAGGCGGUGCCGGGUCGCGUGGAACGCUUCCAUCCGAUGGAUGUCCAGCCCAGCGAGAUCAACUUUGAGUGGUCGCUGCCCUCCAGCGAGGCGAACGGCGUCAUUCGACAGUUCUCGAUUGCGUAUGUGAACAUCAAUAAUGCAACGGAUGCGGGCAUGCAGGACUUUGAUUCCGAGGAAUCCUUUGGCGUCAUCAAAAACCUGAAGCCCGGCGAGACGUACGUGUUUAAAAUACAAGCGAAGACCGCGAUUGGCUACGGCCCGGAGCGGGAAUACAAGCAAACGAUGCCCAUAUUGGCGCCGCCGCGACCCGCCACCCAGGUGGUGCCCACCGAGGUGUACCGCAGCUCGUCGACCAUACAGAUACGCUUCCGGAAGAACUACUUCUCGGACCAGAACGGACAGGUGCGAAUGUACACGAUCAUUGUGGCCGAGGAUGAUGCCAAGAAUGCCUCCGGCCUCGAGAUGCCCAGCUGGCUGGACGUACAGUCGUACAGCGUCUGGUUGCCCUACCAGGCCAUCGAUCCGUAUUACCCGUUCGAGAAUCGUUCCGUUGAGGACUUUACCAUCGGCACCGAGAACUGUGACAAUCACAAAAUCGGCUACUGCAAUGGACCCCUCAAAUCCGGCACCACCUAUCGCGUCAAGGUGCGCGCCUUUACCGGACCCGACAAGUUCACCGACACGGCCUACAGUUUUCCCAUACAAACCGAUCAAGACAAUACCUCGUUGAUUGUGGCCAUAACGGUGCCGAUGACCAUAAUCCUGGUGCUGUUGGUCACGUUGGUUUUCUACAAGCGACGCCGCAACAAUUGCCGCAAGACCACCAAGGACUCGCGCGCCAAUGAUAACAUGUCCCUGCCGGACAGCGUCAUCGAACAGAAUCGCCCCAUUUUGAUUAAGAACUUUGCGGAGCAUUAUCGCUUGAUGUCCGCCGACUCGGACUUCCGUUUCAGCGAGGAGUUCGAGGAGCUGAAGCAUGUCGGCCGGGAUCAGCCCUGCACGUUUGCCGAUCUGCCCUGCAAUCGGCCCAAGAAUCGCUUCACCAACAUUUUACCCUACGAUCAUUCGCGCUUUAAGCUGCAGCCCGUCGACGAUGACGAGGGCUCCGACUAUAUCAAUGCCAACUAUGUGCCCGGGCACAAUUCGCCCCGCGAAUUCAUUGUCACCCAAGGACCGCUGCAUUCCACACGCGACGACUUCUGGCGCAUGUGCUGGGAGAGCAACUCGCGGGCGAUUGUCAUGCUGACCCGCUGCUUCGAGAAGGGCCGCGAGAAGUGCGACCAAUAUUGGCCCAACGAUACGGUGCCCGUAUUCUACGGCGACAUCAAGGUCCAAAUACUCAACGACAGCCACUACGCCGAUUGGGUGAUGACCGAGUUCAUGUUGUGUCGGGGCAGCGAGCAGCGGAUUUUGCGUCACUUCCAUUUCAUCACCUGGCCAGAUUUUGGCGUACCAAAUCCUCCACAGACCCUGGUGCGUUUCGUGCGCGCGUUCCGGGAUCGAAUCGGUGCCGAGCAGCGUCCCAUAUUGGUGCACUGCAGCGCUGGCGUUGGCAGAUCGGGCACCUUCAUCACAUUGGAUCGCAUUCUGCAGCAGAUCAACACGUCCGACUAUGUGGACAUCUUCGGCAUUGUCUAUGCCAUGCGCAAGGAGCGCGUUUGGAUGGUGCAAACGGAGCAGCAGUACAUUUGCAUACACCAGUGCCUGCUGGCGGUGCUCGAGGGCAAGGAGAACAUUGUCGGUCCCGCCCGAGUCAUGGACGACAACGAGGGCUUCGAAGAUGACGAGGGCAUCGCGGAGUCGGGCAUGUAAAAAAAGCAGCCGAGCCAGAGGAAAGAAAUACGCCCCGCCCC